AUGCGGCUCUGGGCACUUGCGCCGCUUCUGCCGGCAUGGGCGGGGCCGGUGCCGCGGCACGAGCGGAAUUCUGCCGUGCAGAAGGCGACGGUGCAGGAGAUGUACAAGCACGCCUUUGAAGACUCCUACAUGACCCACGCCUUCCCGGCAGAUGAGCUGCGGCCUCUGACCUGCGAUGGCCGUCUCAAGCGGGAGCGCGGGGACCUCGACGCAAUGCUGGGGAACUACUCCAUGACCCUCAUUGACGCUCUGGACUCGCUGGUGAUUUUCAAGCGCAAGACAGCCUUUAAGGUAGCAGUUUCUUACAUUGGUGACAAUGUGCACUUCAACAAAGAUAUUGAAGUGAGCACCUUCGAGGUGAACAUCCGCAUCCUUGGUGGUCUGUUGAGCGGACACCAACAUGCGGUGAAACUGCUUCCGCGGUACAAGGGGGGACUGUUGGACAAGGCGCUCGACUUGGGAGACCGCCUGCUGCGGGCAUUCGACACGCCCACGGGCAUGCCACGCUCGCGGGUGAAUCUGCAGUCUGGCAUUCCCAAGGGUUCCUCCUCCACGGUGACCAUUGCAGAGGCUGGAUCCUUCUUGCUGGAAUUUGGCAUGUUGUCCGUGCUGUCCGGGCAGAGUCGCUUCUAUCACUCGGCGAAGCGCUCGCUGGUCUCCUUCUGGGGUCGGCGCAAUGUGCUGGACUUGGUGGGCACCUCCAUCGAUGUCAACACGGGCAACUUUGUGGACCAGAAGAGCACCACUGGACCGGGGCAGGAUUCUUUCUUCGAGUACCUGCUGAAAGGCUACAUCCUGUUCCAGGAUCUGGAGCUGCUGGACAUCUUCCUCAGCGCCUAUGCGGCGGUGGAGCAGCACCACACCUUUGAAGGGUUCACCUACACGGUGGACAUGAACAAGGGUUUGAUGGUGAACACGCACCUCUCGCCGCUUGCGUGCGUUUGGGCCUCACUGCAAGUGCUCAUCGGAGAUGUCGCCAGUGGCUUGCGGUCUGUCCUGUACUGGUACAGCCUGUGGAAGAAGCACGAUGCAUUGCCAGAAGUCUUUGACACACGCGCCGAGAGCCCUACACAAGCCAGGGACUCGCCGCUGCGACCGGAGCUCAUUGAAGCGAUUUUCUACCUCUCGCUGGCGCUGCCGGGGGAUGCGAUGGUCUUCGAGAUGUCCAAAUCCAUCGCGACGGCCAUCGACGAACAGAGCCGGGUGGCGUGUGGCUUUGCGUCGGUGGCGGAUGUCACCACCAAAAGGCUCGACAACAGGAUGGAUUCUUUCUUCCUGUCUGAGACGCUGGUGUACCUGUACCUGGCUGUUGCACCGCCAGAAGAUCUGGCGGCCGCGUUGCCAUGGCCAAUUGGCGCCAGCAUCUUCACCACAGAAGGCCACAUCUUUCCACUGCAGGGCCUGCCACCUGGUGCCGACAUCCAGACCGUUCAGCGCAGUCAGGAGAUCUUUUUCCCUCGGCCGCGCUGGCCGCCCCGAUGCCAACCUGCGAGGUGCUCUCGCCCUUUGAGCGUGUAG